AUGAGUAUAUUGCUGUGGAGGCAACGCAGGGCCAGCCAGCUGAGAGCGGAAGCUACCCUAAGUUUGACAAGGGAGGAUGAGGAAUGGAGCGACUCGGAGAAGACACCGUCGGUGAGCAGUGGAGUGGAGGGCGGUGGAUCGGCGGUCUCCAGCCCGAUCGCGCCGAUCGUCGAGGAGGAAUCGAGCCUUCCACCACCGCCGAGACUGAAUCCCCCGUCCUCGGUCGCGAUCGCGAAUUCGGCGGCUGAGGAUAUCAGAUUGAGGCUCAGCGUGCUCUCUGAGGACGCACGGAAACGGCUGGCUAGUCUUACCGAAGAUAUCGAGGUUGCAAGAAGCUUGAGAGACCGACAUGCCACAUCGAGGCCGAAUCAGACGCGAGAAUCGAGUCCAAAAGACACGGACGAGGAUUCCAGCAUGGUCGUGGUCAAGGAGGAGGAUUGUCAGCCUAGAUCAUCCUCCUCCUCGACGUCAUCGACUAGAAGAAGAGAAUCUGUGUGCAGAAGGGACUCCGAGGAUUCCUCGAGGCGAUCGAACACAGACGAUCCACCGUCUGAAAAGAAACUGAAGCUCGACGACGAAGCAGCACCAAGACUGAGACUCAAUGCUAGUCUGGCGACGGAUCCUGCACUUCGAUCCGCCGCUGUAGCCACGCUCACCGUCAAACCGGAGAAUACCUCGCCGCCGAAUCCUGUCCCGCCACUUCCGGCCGGUCUUCAAAAUGCGAUCGCGUCAGGCCGUCUGUUCGUGCUACCAACCGACGGCAAGGAGACGAUCACUGUUGAACCAGCGAGACCUGCGCCGCUGAUUUGCCCGCCGUGCGGGAUCCGCUUCAGCUCGGCGAGCACGCUCGAAGCGCAUCGAACCUUCUACUGUGCCCAUCGGCCCCGACUCGAAGAAGACGCUACCAACGAGGAAGACGAGGAGAAAUCGAAUAAAUUCGAAGUGAGGAAAGCGUAUGCUUGUCCACAUUGUUCGUACAGCGCAGACAAGAAGGUCUCGUUGAACAGACAUAUGAGGAUGCACGCUGCUUCACCUGCACCACCAACGAUACCAACAGCACCCACCACUGCUACCACACCUGGAACUGGUGCGGCAACAGCCGCGAAUGGAUCUUUAAACGAGGAGGCAGAGAGAUACUGCAGAAAUUGCGACAUUAGAUUCAGUUCCCUGAAAACAUACAGAGCGCAUAAGACGCAUUAUUGUAGCACCAGGCAUGUGGUUAAGGAUACUCCACCAGCGGCCACAGUGGCAUCUUCGUCGGUGAAAGCUUCACCACCGACCAGCGCUAGUCCCGGGGAAUCACCACCGCCACAACCUUGCCUGGCACUGCCCACGAAUCCUAUUCUGAUCGUGCCGUACUCGUUGUUCCGUGGAGCAAGUGUUUUGGCUGCGCCUACUCUGCCUGCGCCUGAUACUGCGUGCUUCCUUCUUCCGAAUGGUCAUCUUCAGCCAAUGACGAGAGGUCUCGCGACCACAGCACAGAAUGCUGUAGUAGAACCACCUCCGGUUCUUCGAGCAGCGAACAAACCAACGACGCCAGCGUCUGUCGUUGCGUCGUCCACGUCGCCAUCAGGCUCGGCGCCACUCGAUCUGAGCGUGAGGAAAUCACCUGCUCACCAGGAUGAGAAAGAGAACAGGGUGUCGCCAGCACCCUCUUCUCUGCCUCCUCCUCCGGGUAGUCCUCGAUCCAGAGGAAGCGGAAGCCCUAGAACGAGGUCAAUUGGCUCUGCUCCAACAGCAGCUGGUACAGUUGCACCUCCUCCACCAACGGAACUAGCUUUGAGACUGGCUGAACUUCCACCUCCACCUGUUCCUGGAGUGCUUGUAAAGCAGGGUGUGUCGAGAUGCAAAGAGUGCAACAUCGUGUUCUGUCGACACGAGAACUUCGUUGCACACAAGAAGCACUAUUGUCAGGCAAGAGAAACAACGGUGGCCAACAGUCCUCCACCACCUGGUACUCCUUCACCUCCUCUGGUUCAGCUAAUUUGUGCAGCAUGCGGAAUUAAGUUUGCCUCUAUGGAUAAUCUGGUAGCUCAUCAAGCGUUCUACUGUCCCAAGAGGCCAGAACCUCAGGAACAUCACUCCAGGUGUUCUAAGUGCAAGGCUAUAAUCGAAGCUGGUAGCACCCACACGUGUAGCAGUGGACCCACAGGCGGCUGGAGAUGUCCCGUUUGUGGUGCAGUUAGUCCAACAGCCGGAGCAGCUCAGCGUCACAUGGACGCGCACCAAGGUGUGAAAGCCUUCAGGUGCACAAUUUGUCGCUACAAAGGAAACACGUUACGUGGCAUGAGAACACACAUCAAGAUGCACUUUGAGAAACGCGGAACCGAUUUGCAGGAAGAAAAUUAUAUAACGUGCGUGCUUGAUGACGAAACGGUUCUGCCUACUCCAGAGCCUGCUCCGGCCACCACACCUGAGGAAAUCCCAGCAGAGGUGCAAGUAAAUGGUAAAACAGAGGUACGAAAGAGCCCUCAGCCACCUCCACCUCCUCCACCUCCAACGGUGACCAACAAGGUGAAGCAAGAACGUGAGGACACGCCACCUCCUGAAGAAAGUCUGGAUCCAAGCAGGAGUGGUCCCCGAUACUGCAGGUCUUGUGACAUCAGCUUCAAUUAUCUGAGCACGUUCAUUGCUCAUAAGAAGUUCUACUGCUCGAGCCACGCCGGAGAAGCGAGUAAUAAUAACAACAAUAAUAAUAACAAUAAUUCGAGCAGUCACGCGACGACGCCACCAAGGGGCAAGACCGAGGCGUCCGUGCUUUAAGAGACUUCUCUCAGGAUGGGACUGUUAAUUGUUGCCAGUUUAUAUAUAAUAUAAUUGCCGACUAUCCGAUUUAGUUGACUACCGUUGUGUGAUUUCUGUUGAUCCAGGGAAUUGUUUGUACUUAUGUAAGUUGAGUUGUCCGACGUGGUGUUGUACAUACGCGGUGCGU